AAUAGAUGACACAUCUGGUUUGUGACUAGCAAGAAUAUCGACAUCUAUUCCUCUCAGUACCUCUCUCUCUGUAUUGUAUUUGAAGGAAAUGAACGUGAUAUCAUCAUGAUGCUGUUUUUUCCUGUAUAAAACAGAUACCAGAUAACCCCUCUUUCUCGAAUUUCAUAGCACUGAACAAAGAGCACAGAAAAAAUGGGGGUGGACUACUACAAGAUUCUUCAAGUAGAUAGGAGCGCCAAAGAUGAGGAUAUUAAGAAAGCAUAUCGAAGCUUGGCCAUGAAGUGGCACCCUGAUAAGAACCCUAACAACAAGAAAGACGCUGAAGCUAAAUUCAAGCAAAUCUCGGAAGCAUAUGAUGUCUUGAGUGAUCCACAGAAGCGAGCCGUGUAUGAUCAGUAUGGUGAGGAGGGGUUGAAUGGGGUGCCGCCGGGCGGCGGUGGUUUUCCUGGUGGCAGCGACGGUGGGCCGACAACAUUCCGGUUCAAUCCCAGAAAUGCUGAUGAUAUAUUUUCUGAGUUUUUCGGGUUUACGAGCCCCCUUGGUCGUGGUGGAAUGGGGGACAUGGGUGGCCGAGGUGGAUUCUCCAGGGGUGGCCCGUUUGGUGAAGAUAUUUUUGCUCAAUUUCGGAAUGCAGCUGGUGAGGGCUCUGGCCUUGUGCCUAGAAAAGGGGCACCCAUUGAGAGAACAUUGCAUUGUAGUUUGGAGGAUUUGUAUAAAGGGACUACCAAGAAAAUGAAGAUUUCAAGGGAUGUUAACGAUUCCAGUGGGAGGCCCUCGACAGUAGAGGAAAUUCUGACAAUUGAGAUAAAGCCAGGUUGGAAGAAAGGAACAAAAAUAACAUUUCCCGAAAAGGGAAAUGAACAAAGAGGAGUUAUCCCUUCAGACCUUGUGUUCAUAAUCGAUGAGAAGCCUCAUGGUAUGUUCAAGAGGGAUGGCAAUGAUCUUGUUCUUACCCAGAAAAUCUCUCUUGUGGAAGCCUUAACAGGUUACACAGCUCAGGUGACAACACUUGAUGGUCGGAAUCUGACAAUUCCGGUUACCAACACGAUUAGCCCGACAUAUGAAGAAGUUGUGAAAGGUGAGGGCAUGCCGAUUCCGAAAGAACCUUCGAGGAAGGGAAACUUGAGAAUCAAGUUCAAUAUCAAGUUUCCUUCGAGGCUUACAUCGGAACAGAAAAGUGGCCUGAAACGAUUUUUGACAUCGCCUUAAGCAAUGGUUUAGCUAACUUAGUAAGAUGUCAAUUGUUUCAUACUUGGUUUAUUUACUUACUGUGAACUGGAAUUCCGAUUAGAACAGUUUGGUAGAAGAUGGUAUUUGUUAAUUGUUUCAUUUCUUCUCUGGUUUUUGGUAGUGGGAAUUUUCUUAACUACUUGUUCACUUGUGUGUGUGAAAAUUGCCUGCAAGAAUUCAUCUUCUGUGUUACUUUCCUUCCACGAUUUCAUCUCAUAGGGAAUAAUACUCUUCUUUGUA